AUCCAUUCGGUAGUUUCUUCUACUCCACACUCGAAGGAUUCGAGGUGAGCGCUUUCUUGAUCUUUGAUCCUUUCCUUCGAAGUUUCCUUUUUCUCCCAUAUAUGUUUGGCUUCCAAGAAUAUUCAUUUGUCCUUUUCAAGAAAAGAUCUCGGGCGGCCGGUGUCUCUUCAUCUUCCUUCAUUUUCGAAACAGUAUCAGUUCAAUUGUCAAGGUAGCGUGUAUUUUCUUUGGAUAUGGAAGCCAAGGGCGUGAUUGGCCUCCCACCUUCAACUGAUUCUGAUUCCGAAAGGCCGAAAAAUGAUCAUCUUGAUUCUGGGAAUGGGUCACCUAAGGCCAAUUCUUUAGAUGAUAAUGAAGAGAUGGGAGAAAGAAAUUUAGACAUGGAGAAAGACAUGGACCUAACGGUAGAUGGUUUUAGAACUGUGCGUGACGAGUUAGCUGGGGCAACAGUAGCGGAGCAGGUUAGUAACGUUCUCGGUGAUUCAGCUGCUGUCCAUGUGAGUGUCGAAACUGUAGCGGUUAUAGAUAAGAAGUUGGAUAUCAGGAAUGAGAGGUUGAUUGACAGCACCACAUUGGACGUUAGUCCUAAAUCUGGUGUUAAAAGACGCCGCACUGUCUCAGACGAACAGCAAUCUACCAUUCAUGUUACUUAUAACCACUUAACGAGGGCUAGUAAACAGAUGCUGGAAAGUCUGUUACAGCAAUGGUCAGAAUGGGAGGCAGAACAUAAUCCCACAGCUAAGGAUCAAGAACGUGUACUAGAAUCAGGUGAGGCAACAUACUUUCCUGCUUUACGUGUUGGACUGGAGAAGUCCUCUUCUGUGUCCUUCUGGAUCGAUGAUGAAACUGGUUGUAAGGCAUUAAAGGGGUUUGUUCCGGUGGAAAAUAGCACUGCUCCUCUUUAUGACCGUGGAUUUGCCAUAGGUUUGACUUCAGCGGAUGGAUCAAAUAACUUGGAAGGAGGUUUGGAGAUUAUGGACGAUCCUCCUCGUUGCUUUAAUUGUGGCUCCUACAGUCAUUCCUUGAGAGAAUGCUCAAAGCCUCUUGACCGAUCAGCAGUUAGUAGUGCCCGAAAGCAGCAUAAAGCCAAAAAGAACAUGGGUUCUAGGUCUCGUCUACCAUCCCGAUAUUAUCAGAGCUCUCAAGGUGGAAAGUAUGACGGCUUAAAGCCAGGCAGUCUUGACACGGAGACACGCCAGCUUCUUGAUCUCGGGGAACUCGACCCUCCUCCAUGGCUUAACCGGAUGAGAGAGCUUGGGUACCCACCAGGAUACUUAGCACCGGAUGAUGAUCAUCCUUCAGGAAUCACUAUUUUUGGGGAGGAAGAGACGCGUGUAGAAGAGUCCGAGGACGGGGAAAUCGCAGAAAAAACGAGCCCCCAAGAGCCAGCUAAGAAAGUGACGGUCGAGUUUCCGGGAAUCAACGCACCUAUCCCGGAAAGCGCAGAUGAGCGGCUCUGGGCACAUAGGAGCAGCACAAGGUCGCAACACAAAACAGGCAGAGGAUAUGAUGCCUGUCAUGACCACCACCGACCAGCCCUGGCCCGGGAUCACAUAGACGAGGGUCCUCCUGGGGUUGAACCAUCGAGUUACCCUCCAAGGUAUGGCAAUAGAUAUGGUGAGGAUCAUCAUCGAGGUGUAAGAAAACACAUGCCCAGAGCAAGAAGCUCUGGCUUUGAAAGGUCGGAUAACAUCAGGAGACCAAGAAGAAGCCCUGGCUUGGAAAGAGGUAAGAGGUACCAUUCUUCGUACGGUCGUGAUUUCAGGGAUAGGGAUGAUAGAAGAUGAACGAGAGAGAUUUGUACAUGUUCAUGUGAACUUGUUCUUUCUUACUUUCUUGUUGUAACAUGAAGGGCAUUGGUUUUUAGUACGAGGAAUUUUCAGAGUUUUAUGUUUUUUAA